AUGGGCGGUGGUGGCCUUGGCGCCAUGGGUGGCGGUGGCCUUGGCGCCAUGGGUGGCAUGGGUGGCUUCAGAGAACCGGUGCUCCCCGCCGCCUGCCUCUCUUACCCAUGUGAAGCUACCACUCCCUUCCUCCUCCGCCAGCCCCAAGAGUGCCCACCCCGUUGCCCGGUCGGCUGCACCAGCGCCCUGCCGGUGGCGCUCGUCGGCCCUCCCCGCCGGCCCCGCGCCGUGCCCGUCGUCUCCUCAAUCUGUUGUCAGGGGACAUGCCAGCGCCCUCCCAGUGGCCAUCGCCGGCCCUCCCCGCCGUCCCCGUGUCGUAUCCGCUAUCUCCCCAAUCCGCAGCUAGGGGACACGCCAAGAAGCUUCAGUCAUGAGGCCGUCGCGCCGGAGGUCUUCCAUCUCAGAUUUGUUUUCUUUACGGGUGUUGUCAAGAAUUUCAUCAUGGCCACUGCUUUCCCACCGAGGUAUUUGCCGCAUGCAGCCAUGCACAAGUGUCGUCACUUGCAUCUCCUCUGUGCGUUCCCGUCACUCCAUGCCGCACGAGGCUGCAGUCACCACACCCUUGAGUAGGUAAUUCAUCAAUUGAUAGUUUUUGUCCCUGCCGUGACUUGCAUCUUUCUACCUUGCUUCAAAUUUAAUUUGAUUGAAUGUCAAAUAAAGAUCAACUUUAUCUCUGAUUGAUUCAUGGAAGUGCAAGCUGAAUUAUAUUCAGGAUAUUCUGAUUAUUACUUCCAAGUUAUAUUCUAACACAAUGUCUUUGGUUUAACAACUUGCAAGUGUUUCUUGUACUGAUGUUAACCUCAUAAAAAAGACUCCCAGGUGGACAUCUGCUAUAAAUAAUCAGGUACUUCUUUCUCAUUAUCAAAUUCAAAUACUCAGUGAAACUAUCCAAUGGAUGGACUGGUUGUUUAACACUGAAUCAUCAACACUUUAUUCUCAUCUUAUCUCCUCUUCCAUUCACUGAAACAUCUGCAGUGCACGCUUGUUACUUCUUUGACUGCUUGAACAUAAAUAUUGAGAAAACUCAAUUUUCUAUGGGCAUGAAUAAUCUUUCGAUUCAUACAUAAAAUCAAAAUGUGGUUCCAGUUCCAGGAGGUAUGGCAUGAUUUCUCUGCUGGCGUGUGUGUGUGUUGCUUGUUUGUCUGUUGCCGGCUGGAUUGCACAGCGGCGAUGCCGGGAGCCGGGGGUCAUUGGAAAAGUGAGAUGCCGACGUCACUCAAAACGAUCCUUGCAUGGUAUUGACAGAAUCAUCCACAAAUUAUUUGAUGGCAUUGACCCUUGCUU